AGGAGCAGGGGGAGGCGCGGGAUAAAGGGGCGCUCGCCGCCGCCGCUCGCUCUCCGGCGGGGCUGCGGGAGGCAUCAUGGCCGCGAAGUCGGACGGGCGGCUGAAGAGGAAGAAGGGCGGCGAGGUGGCGUUCACGCCGCUGCAGAACUCGGAGCACUCGGGCUCGGUGCCGGCCCUGGCCCCGGGGCUGCCGGCCGGCGGCGGCGGCGGCCCGGGCGGCGGCAGCGACGACGACGAGGCGCCCGGGGGCGGGUGCUGCGGCGGCGGCGGCGGCGGCGGGGACGGCUCGGGCGGCGGCUGCCGCUGCUGCUGCGGCGGCCGCGGAGGGGACGGCGGCGGCGGCGGCGGGGGCUCCCGCGGCUCGGGCGGCGGCUCGUCCUCCCUGUGCCUGCGGCUGGGCAGGGAGCAGCGGCGCUACUCGCUGUGGGACUGCCUCUGGAUCCUGGCCGCGCUGGCCGUGUACUUCGCGGACGUGGGCACCGACAUCUGGCUGGCGGUCGACUACUACCUGCGGGGCCAGCGCUGGUGGUUCGGGCUCACGCUCUUCUUCGUGCUGCUCGGCUCCCUCUCGGUGCAGGUCUUCAGCUUCCGCUGGUUCGCGCACGACUUCAGCACGGAGGACAGCACCGCCGCCGCCGCCGCCGCCGCCGCCGCGCACUGCCCCGCCGCCGAGAGCAAGCUGCUGGUGAGCAGCGCCUCGGCGGCCGGGGACAUCGCGGCCGCCCGCCCCGGCGCGCCGCAGCGGCAGGCGUCCACCGCCAGCAAGAGCAACGCCACCAACAGCAGCAGCGGCAGCAGCAGCAACGCCGGCGGCUCGGCCUCGUGCGCCUGCUGCGUCUGGCUCCUGCAGUCGCUCGUCCACAUCCUGCAGCUGGGGCAGGUCUGGAGGUAUUUCCACACUAUAUACUUGGGUAUCCGGAGUCGACGGAGUGGAGAGAAUGACAGAUGGAGGUUUUAUUGGAAAAUGGUGUAUGAGUAUGCAGAUGUGAGUAUGCUGCAUUUGCUAGCCACGUUUCUGGAAAGUGCACCACAGCUGGUCCUGCAGCUCUGUAUUGUUGUACAGACUCGUACACUCCAGGCUCUCCAAGGUCUUACCGCUGCAGCCUCUCUCGUAUCCCUGGCUUGGGCUUUGGCUUCCUACCAAAAGGCCCUCCGUGACUCCCGUGAUGACAAGAAACCCAUCAGUUAUAUGGCUGUCAUAAUCCAGUUUUGCUGGCAUUUCUUCACAAUUGCAGCAAGGGUCAUUACUUUUGCUCUGUUUGCCUCGGUUUUCCAGCUGUACUUUGGGAUCUUCAUCGUGCUCCACUGGUGCAUCAUGACCUUCUGGAUCGUCCACUGCGAGACAGAGUUUUGCAUCACUAAAUGGGAGGAAAUAGUUUUCGACAUGGUUGUGGGGAUAAUCUAUAUCUUUAGCUGGUUCAACGUCAAGGAAGGAAGGACACGCUGUAGGCUUUUCAUUUAUUAUUUUGUGAUCCUUUUGGAAAAUACCGCCUUGAGUGCUCUGUGGUAUCUGUACAAGGCCCCACCAAUCUCUGACGCAUUUGCCAUACCAGCACUGUGUGUAGUGUUCAGCAGCUUUUUAACAGGCAUUGUUUUUAUGCUGAUGUACUAUGCCUUCUUUCACCCCAACGGACCGCGGUUCGGGCAGUCGCCAAGCUGUGCUUGUGAGGACCCUGCCGCCGCCUUCGCUCUACCCCCAGAAGUGGCAACAAACACGCUAAGGUCCAUCUCUAACAAUCGGAGUGUCACGAGCGAGCGGGAUCAAAAAUUCGCCGAGAGGGACGGGUGCGUGCCUGUGUUUCAGGUGAGACCCACCGCACCUUCCACACCUUCCUCCCGGCCACCAAGGAUUGAGGAGUCUGUCAUUAAAAUCGAUCUGUUCAGGAACAGGUACCCAGCCUGGGAGAGACACGUAUUGGACAGGAGCCUGAGGAAGGCGAUCCUAGCUUUUGAAUGUUCCCCUGCUCCUCCACGGCUACAGUAUAAAGAUGAUGCCCUUAUCCAGGAGCGCUUGGAAUAUGAAACCACAUUAUAAACAAAAAAAUACCCGCAGCUUGAAGAAGCUCCGACGUUACAGUCUGACUUAAGGGUUGACGGUAGGGCUGUAAGAAUAACUAAACUGCGUACUGCAAAUAGAGCAACAAGCUGUAGUGUUCUUAGUCUGGCUUUCAUCAUGAUUAUCAUUUGAUCCACUGUGUGCAGUCUGUCUGCAGGACCCUGAUCCAGCAGCAUCACCUGAAAGCCUCAAAAAAAAAAAACCCACCCACACAUAUCCACAUCCACACACACACACGCAUCAGUUACUUCAGCUGGGGAAACUCACCUAUGACUCCUUGCUGCUAUGAAACUCCGACUGCACAGUACUCACAAUCAAAGCAUUAAGAAGGUUCUGAGCAGAGCUUUCAACUUUAGCCAGUAGUGCAUUUUAUUUUAGAAAUAAAUGAUUGAUAUUUGCAUAUUCAAUGGCAAAAAAAAAAAAAAAAAAAAAAAAAAGCUUGUCAAAAAUGACAAAACUGUACCACACAAUGUUGCUGUUAUGGAAACUGGUUUCUGGGGGGAAAAAAAUAGGAGCAUAGUAGUCCUCAGCAUGCCCACAGAUAAACCAUUCAGUUUAGAAUAGGUUUGCAAAAUAGUUCUUGAUUGAAAAGAUACAUCAUCAUGUUUGUAAGGCUAUCAAUGAAAAAUAAACUAAAUUCUGAUUAAUUAGGUCAUAAGCAUUAGUACCAACAGAGCUCUUUGUUUUCAGUGGAUUUUCAGAGUCUUUUUAAUUGUAGUUUAAGUUCCUUAUGUUACUUUCAACAGAAAUCCUAUGCAGCUUACUUCUGGUUUUCAGGAGAAAAAAGGAGCUCUAGCACGUAGUGAUGUAAAUUAAAUGAUAAUCAUGAUUCAAUGUUCAAUUUGCAAAAAAUAAGUACAUCUGUAAAAGAACAGGGAAGAAUAGUUUUCAUAUUCUAACCUUUUUGGAGGACCCCAUUCAGAUAUCUGGGAGGAGCUGGUGAGGAGAUGAACACACUGAAACUUCUCUCUGUUUCAGGACUCAGAAUGCAUGAUUCAGUGUGUGAAUGUAUGCAGGGGUGAUAAGAGACCAUGACAUGCCAUACCCUUCUAGUGCCAAACAUUGUAUAAAAGCAAGAUCGAUAUCGUUGCCCGAGGGACAGACAAGGAGCGGCACGAGCCCUACAAGAACCAGAAGCAGGAAAGACCAAUCGAGUUCUCAGCGUGUAUGGACAGCUCUGAUUUUUCCCACCCAAGGUGAAAGUAAUGUCUUUUAAAGGCUUUCGGCCACCUCUUAGUAAGUAUAUUCAGUAAAGUAACCAUAUAACCAAGUUAUGUGGAAGACCCUCUUGAGCCUGUUCAGGACUUGUUUCCGGAUACGCCCAAGAGUUAUGUUGAAUCUCUCGUAAUAGAGUGCUUUUGCUGCAAGCUUUUGGGUUUCAAAUACCUCCCUAAAUCUAGUCAAUGGUAUCCUUCUUUAUGUUAAAAGUAUCCCCUGAUGGUGCUUUCAAAUGCAUUAAAGGUGCAAGUCAAAAUUUGAUAGUAUUUUUUUUAAAGCUGGUGCAGAGUGAAUAACUCAUGAAUUAUUUCAAUAUUUUUGUAAAGUAAAAAUAUGGUAUAAAAAGGUUACUUUUUAUAAACCUCAAAUCUUUUAAUACAUUUCAUUCUCUUUAUAGCUUAGAAUUUAAGAAUUGGUCCAUGAAUUUUAUCAACUAGCUUCUGCAGGUUGAUAUAAACAUGAUUUUCACACAUUAUGGAUUUGUUUUGCAGUGUAAUGCCAUAUGAAAGCCUACAUGGGUACUUUUAGAAUAUUCCAUAAACUGUGGAUCCUGCUUCAAAUGUAAGUGGCUUGUAAAGACACCAAGUGAUUCCAUAAGAAACAAUUUGCUAUAACUAUUUCCAUCCAUUUUAGGAGAGUGAAGCAGAACUGAAGAGUUACUGUUUUAAACGGCAUUGUCAGGAUGGAGAAGACCUGAUGACUGGUAUUUUUGUCUUCACUGUCAGGUAUAUUCAGUGUAGUCACUGCUGUAUAUGCUGCUGGGUAAAUUUCAGUCUUUCCUGUUAUUAAUAUUUGUACUAUAAAAUAGCAGAGGUUACACAGCCUAUGUUUCUUUGUAUGCAUUCAAUUAACCAUUUUUAAUGUUGACUUUUUUAUUCGUGAAAUGUUCAAUAUCUGUUAUUUGCUGGGGCGAGUUCCUCAAAACAAAACAUCUGUGAAAGUGCAGGAAUCUGCAAGCCAGACAGAACUUUACACAGAUCAGAAAACACCCGUCCUUGAAGGGUUUCUUAGAUAUUUUCAAAUUAAGCGGUGGCCAGCUGCCGAUAUAAUCAUUUUUAAACAAAAAAAUCCUUUGAUAGGCCAAACCUGAAGCUUUGUACAAGGCGUUUGCCCCGCUCCAUGGAGAUGUAGCUGAUUAUUCAGAGAAAAGCACUCAUAUUUUGUCAGAAAAAUGCACCAUUGUCCUAACUGCCAAAAAAAGAUUUGGGGAGCAAGUCCUUUGCCCAGUCAAAUUCAGCAGGGCCUUCAUUCCAGCACCGAUCACUCGGCCGUGCAAGGAAAUCGCGGUUUUCCUUCAUGCACCAGGCAGAGAGGAAACUGUGGUUAUCCAAGAUGUGACGGCUAAUUUUGGAAACAGCUCUAAAAAUUUGCUGCUUCUUUAAUACCUAAGACAGGGUCGCCCGGGGGAGGCGCCGCUGGGAAGUGGGUUAAGAGCAGGUCCCCUUUGCCCGGGAGGGCGGCGGGAACAGCGGCGUGGCUGCCCCUAGCGAGGCUGCUCCUCUGCGACGUCCCUCUCAGCCCGUCCUGCUGCUGCUCACAGCUGGAAGCCCCUUUGUUGGGGGGCUUAAUACAGAAUUUUGAGGGUGAAACAUUGCUUAAUACAGAAUUUUGAGGGUGAUGGUCCAGCCCACGUACAGUGCUUGCAUUGCAAGGUUUCUGAAGAAGGUUUGGGGUGGGUUUUUAUUGAUUUGCUCUUGUUUGGUUUUGGAAGGAAGGGCGCAGAGGCGUUGUUCAUUCAUCUGGGUUUUAAUCUCUAGCAUUUACUUUCUGUACUCUCCCUUCAUUUUUAAUGUUUUUUAAUAAUAUUUAUAGAUUUAAAUGGACUACAGCAGGUUCCAAUAUACAUAAAACCACUGAGUGCAGAGAGCCAUAAAUGGUAGCAUGUAUGCGCAGCAUGACGUGGAAAUCCAUCCAGGUGUUUGAGAAAGGGGAGAAGUCAUUUUAUACUGAGUCAAAAUUUGCUCUCCAAAAUCUUAGAUUCUCAACGUCAGUGAUACUUUGACUGAGAAUAGGAUGCCCAUUGAAAUAUAAGACUCAGAUGACUGCAUGGACAGUUUCUCAUGCUUUGCCAUGAACGGUCACAUUACAGAGCUGUAAGGAUUUUUUCUAGAAUUUAUCAAGAUUAAACAUAGUCCAUGUUGAAAUUCCAUGAUGGCCUUAUGGACAGUUAAUAAUCAAUAUGCACUAUUCUUUUUACCGCAGACGGUUUUAAGAUCUAUUAAUAAAGUUCAAUAAAGACAGCAAUAGCAAAAAAAGAAUUGUAAAGAAAAAUAACUUCUGCUUUUGAAAUAAUGAAAAAAUCAGGUCUUUAAGACUCCAUUCCUGAAUAACAGGAAAAUAAGAGAAGUUCAUAAUUAUAAUCUUGUAAAGAAAAGCAAUCAUAUCUCUUUGUCUGUUAGAAAUAAAUGUCAUGUAAGCAUUGUAUUAAUGAACCAAGCAAAUUUGCAGAACUAAAGAUAACUUAUCUGGUUAAAGACUUAGUCCUAAAAUUUUAAGGGUUGUGGAUUUGUAUAUUACAGAAAAGACAAUUUAAGUAAUAUUCACUACUCUGAUUAGAUAAAGGAAAGGUACUGUAUACCCAUGUUCUUUCACAAAAUAUAUAAAAAAAUGUAAGAUAAAACUCUUGUCUUAUUUUAAAAGAAAUGUUAUUUGUCCUACAAUAAGAUAAUCUUUUUUUUAAAUGAAUUGUUUGAAAAUAUGUGCAAUACUUUUUUUCAUGCAUUUUAAUAAUGAAAAAACUCAUUUCUACUUUUGCUUGUCACCUGAAAUCUGCUUCUUGUGCUAGAACAAUGUUUCUGCGCUUGGCUUAUGUGGGCUUGAUUACAUUUAAAUACUAUUUUCAUUGGCAAAACAGCAGAUUUUCUAUUAAUUCAUUUCUAUAACAUCGGGAUUAGAUAAAAAUUUUCCUUCUAAAGUUAAAUGCUAGGCCUCAUGCUGCCUGACUUUUUAAACCUUUAAGCAGAGGAGGAAAAUUAAAAUUUACUGGAGCUGUAAUUUUUAUUAUGUGGUAAAUAGUUAUUAACCCCAAAUUUGCUUAAAAUAUGUCCAAUCAAUAUAUUAUUAUCUCCCCAAAAGGGUAAUAUAUGAGUGGUACUAAAAGCCCAAAAGCUGCUUUUUUUGGAAAGGUAUUCCCAAUCAUUAUAAAAAAAAAUAUAUUCGUUUACUUUCUAUUGGCCAACAAAUAUUAACGACUAGCCUAUCGUUUAUUAAAAACCCUAAAAAACAAAUUUUGACAUCUUUGUGAUUUGGUCAUACGAUUCCUUAAGGACCUUACAAAUGGCCCUAUGCUGAGUUUGAUUCGUCUCUGCCAGAGAGUCAGCUCCCAAAGCAGCUGCCCUUCUCCUGCUCAGGCCCUGAAGUCAGGCAACCCAGGGUGAAUGCGAUGCUGUGAUUUACUCUGCAGCUCUGCACCUCCUGCACAGACUGCACAAUGCCAAGGAAAAGACUUCGGCGGCUUGCUGGGGUCCUACUGCUGCCUCUCUGCUCCCGUGCAGGCUGGGAAGCAGAGUAAAUUGCAUUUGUGCAUCCAUCUGAACCAGCUUUUUUAGGCCGUGUCUCUACAAAAGGUGCGUGAUGAAAAUAAUCACGACACGUGUCCUUGAAUUUACAAGCCCAACACUAUAAUUACUUAUUCAGUGGCAUAACAAUGCAGGAUGUGGGAAGAAUUGUCUAAAUACACAAUAAGCCAUUUAUUUUUGCUAAUUGUAGCAAUUAGACUGGCUCGCACAAAGCCCAUGCUCUCAGCAGAAAGCCAAAUGGAAUAAGUGGCAAACAGCCAUUUAUAUACCGGAGACAUCAUCUUACUAAACCCUCCCUUGAUUGUUUACAGAGCUAUGUCUUUUCAUUACAGCAUUGAAUCCAUUUCUCUCUAUUCUGAGAAAACAGAUAAAGUUCAAAAUGAAAACAGAUCCAUUUAAAUCUGGGAAUAAAAAAUGCACAACAGAUUACUGCAAUUCAUAUGUAGCAACUUUUGAAACAAAUUCUGUCAUCAUUUUCACUUGGAUGCAAAUUGCUGAGUGAUCUGCUUCCAAGAUGAUUUCUCACAUCUGAUAUGAGCAGAUUUCAUUACAGGAGAGAUGGGGAUAACCUCGUAAAGCCUUGCUCAGGCAAGGUGAGAGGAAUAGUGUCACUGGUAUGAGUGAUUUACCGGUAACUCGCAAGUUUUUUAACACGUGAGUGGUCCACUGGGCCCAUUUCUAAACUCGUUUCACAGUAGUGACCUCACUGCAGGUGUUUGGUGGGAUUUCUUCACAUUUACACUGGUAAGAACAUGAGAAAAAUCAGGCUUCUAACCUUCAGUGAAUAAUUGCAUAAACUCAGACUGCGUAAGCAUCAGGUCUUCACUCUACUUUGUUAGCUCCUAACUGAACCAGCUGCAGUUCCGCUUUAUAUUGAAGAGCCUGAAUGCGACUUGGCUUGAACAGAUAUACUCCAAGCUUUGUGCUACCACAAAUGAAUCAAAACAUUUUUUUUUUUAGUUCAGACAUUUAUGAAUAUACUCAUUCUGGUUGAGUUGUCGUUUUCUGAUCCUACUAAGGAGACUUUGAAAAACAUCUAUGAGACCACAGUUGUUUCCACUGGUCAUUAUAAACACCAGUUGCUGACCAGCACAUUCAUUAAAAGGAAUUUUUCGUGAACUUAUAUGUUUGGACCCUGUACUUAUGUUUGUUCUGAGUGCUGAGCAUAUCAUUUUUAUGCAGUAAAUCUUCUACCCAUUAGUAAAGCAUGUGCCUACUCUGAAUCCUGGAGCAAAGAGGACAGAUAUGCAAGAUUCAGGGGAAAAGCCCUCUUCAGAACAUUUAUGGGGCAAUUUGCACCAGUUAGAGAAGUGAGAGACAAGUUCUUUUUAAUUAUAACAGACUUGCACAUGCAGUAUUCAGAUAUUUACAAGAAAUUGUGAGAUAAGUAGCCAACUAAUAGAAAGAUCAUAUAUAAACCUCCAUCUGCAAGGCACAGUCUGUAAAAUAAAAACAACCAAAAAGCUUUAAAGUCUAGCCAAAACUCUGGUCUCCAGGAAUUGCUUGGAUAAGCUUAAAAAUGUAAUGGAUUUGUCAAUGUAAAUAGAUACUACGUUCAUAGAAACAAAAACCGACUACUGUGGAUACAAACAUCUGUAUCCAGGCUCUUCACCCUCUAAUUUGAGACAUUAUUGGAAACAAUGGCUUCUGGAUCUUACUUCAGGGUAUGCAGGAGCCCUAGGCAUCCUAGCAGCUUUUCUGCACAAGGAAACUUUUUUGCUAUAGAAAAGGCCACAUCCUUUUAGGACACACAGUUGCUCUGUACCAGAUGUCCAUGUGGGUACCUUUAUUCUGUGCUUAAAAUGACUUUUUUUUUUUUCCACUGAACAGCACCUCAUGAAAGCAUUUCUAGUGUGAAAUGUGUCCACUCAGUGACCUAGUAUGCAACAGCUAUUGCAAAACAGGCAUUCACUGAAAAGUGAUUUCCACAGCAUAAAGAAGCUGCUAGUAGAACAUCUAGAAAGCAUCCACAUACCUAAUGUGGUACUAGGGCACGAGCUAGGCUGUGUUUGGGUGCUAAGAGCCCACACUGCAGCAAGGCCAGGUCACAGCUCCGUGUUGCCUCCCCCACCUCCUGCACCAACGAGCCCACAGGGAGAAAGAUCGCGUGCCUGGGCCGGAUGAAAGUACAGCUCCUGGGACAUGUCAGGGGCCUCAUCCAAUACUGUGAUCCUCCCAACUGCACUGACCUGGAGCUCCUGAUUUUUUUAUGAAAAAGUUUCAGGCACCUAAAAUUUGGCUCCUGGGCUUGGUCAGAAACCCCUCAGUCUUCACAGCACAGAGUAGCUCAGCACCUAUCUCCCACCACAACCUGCCAGGGUCCCCCAAGCAGGUAUCCUUCUGCCUGUCCCGCCUGAAGGACUUGGACCCACAAGUGCUGUUGGACGGGUUUUGCGUGGUGGAUUUAUGGUAAGCAGAGACCAAGGGAAGAGCCCGGCUCUGUUAUGUCUAAGCUUGCAGGGGUUCAAACCUCUAGCUACUAUCUCUCAGGAGAAGGCUACAGGGCUUCAGGCUACUGAGGAGAAGGGCACACUCCCUCCCUCUUAUUUUGAGGCUGUUCUUCCUCUUUGUUUAAAACUUAAGGUUAUCCUGGGCAGUGUAGACAUACUUCUAGUAUUUUGAUGGAUCCAGUACCCUUAGUGUUGAGGCCUCGGAAGUUGUCGUGCACGUCCCUUGUCAUUGCGUGUGUCCAGCCAGAGUAAUGUCUACACUAAAUAUUUUGGACAGCUGCAGAAUCACUCUCCUAGCCUUCCAUCCUGACCAAACGCUGUGUGAACAUGGUUAGCACUGUGACAAAGCCUGAAUCACAAUAUCUUGCUUUGAAUAAGGUUCAUUAAGGCAUUCUGUGCUACUCUAGCCACAUUCAGCUGGUUUCUUGUUGGAGCUUAGGCAGACUUUGUGUGUGUGCACCAAAACUAUAUCAUGUAGCCAUAGCCAAAGCCACCCGAGCUUGUGGUGCGCUCCCUUCGCAAUUGCAAUUCUUUUGCUGGAAAAAGUAUCAGUUUUGGCUGAGUAAAGGGCAAACAAGCUGCAUGCAGUCCCGUGAAGCGUGUGGAGCGGGCAUGGCUUCUCUGGAGAAUAUGUGUGAACAGAAGCUGUGUGCAAAUUGCCCAGCUCAUGGGGUACACAAGAAGUAAGGUCAAUGUCCCCAGCUUGAAGCACGUUAUAAAGAGUAUUUUGUGAAAGAAUGUGUUUUGCCCCUUAUAAUAGGAUCAUGGCUUAUAGCUGGGAGAAAAUUUAUUGUAUCAAAUGCCUUUAUACACACACACACACACACACACACACACACACACACACACACACAUGUGUAUACAUAAGUGUGUGUGUAUGUAUGUAUACAUUUACAGGAGUAAAUGUACUCUUGUGCUCCAGAAUGAGCCCUGAGAUUCUGCUAGGGUUUAAUCUGACAGGUCAUUUAGAUUCUAGUCCUAAAAAAAGUGUCAGGAGCAUCGACAUCAAGGGCAAUCAAGUGAUAACUGCAGAAGGAAAAGUACAUUAUUGGAAAACGCAUUCCAGUUAUUAUUGGAGACAGCUUUGCAUUAUAUUAUGCCAGUACUUUAAUGAAGAGUUGUGAAGGAAAUAUGUCUCAAGUUAUAGUCAAUUAUCUAAAGUAUUACAUUAAAGGAGUAGAGUGACAAAAUAAGGAUUUGCACAGACUAAGUAAGGAUUUGCUCCAACAAGUUUUCUUUACAUGUGAAUCCUUGAGAAGGCCUGUCAAGUAGAGCUCCAACAAUACCACGUUUGGUUCAUCAAGGAAAAGAAAACAAAUAUAGGCAAAUGGCAAAAGGGAUCAAUCAACCCUUCGUUUCAUUUAAUGUCAGUUAUAUUUGUUUCACUGAAUUUCAGUUAUCAACAUCAGUAGCUUAUAAAUGGAGUAAUCUUUGGUAGAUUAGCAUGGCUUACUUUAAUUUUGAUUGAAGAACACUAAAAAAGUGUUUGUUAUCCAAAACACAUGCAAUUACCUGAGAUGAGUUUUCAGAAGAAAAGAUUUACCAGUCCAUGGAUUAGGUACUGAAGAUAAUUAUUAGAUGCUGUACCAUGAAUACACAGAAGCUAUUUCUGAAAUUUUAAUUACUGUUGCAUUUUUUAUAGUAUUUGAUUCAUUCAUAUCCCAAAAGUUUUUUAAAAAUCCAUCCAUUUAGCUUUUUCUGCAUUAUUAUCAGUGUACCCCAAAUUGUAUCUUAGCUGGUGUUUGACAGGAAUUAAUUUUAAAUUUUAGAAAGCUAGGAGGAGAUUUCUAACCAGUUAACUGAAGGCUUGUGUCUUCAGUUGUGUGGUAUACUUAAAAAAAAUUCUUUUAAUCAUUCAAAAGAUUUAAAGCCCCAGUUCUGCAAAUCAUUUGAUAAAUACACAAAUAGUUCAACAGUCUUCUUGAAGACACUUGCUGAAUUGAGGCGUAAAUGUGUGUCUGAGUUCCUGACCGGAGUGGUGGUAUUAAGGACAGUAUUUAAGAAAUAAAAUAACUUUCCAGCAGGCUCUGAUUCGUAGUUAUAUAGCUCUAAAACCAAUCACAGUGACUGGGUCAGACAAGGGCCAUAGUUAAAGGAGAAAGUCCCUUUCUUUCACACACAUGCACGAGAAAAAAAAAAUGCUUCAAAAGUGGCCACCAGUCACUCCUGCUGUUUUCCUCGGAUUCCCGUUUUGGGACAUGCGCUGCCUUCCUCUCCAUCAGCAAUGAGGGUGCUGUGGUGGGUCACGGUGCUGGCGCUGCAACGUCUGCUCGUGCUGAAAGGGGAGACAAAGCAUGUAGCCUAUUUCAGGCUCUAGUUUCCCCUCUGGGUUACUGCCCUGGCCAACAGGAGGUAUUUCCCUGAGAAUACUGUAGCCAUCCACUUGACUGUCACACAACUCUGGGAGGAAUUUAGUCGUUAGACAGCACAAUUAAGACAAUGAAAAAUUAUCCUACAUCAGCAGAGAGGGAAGCUGUCACUAUUUAUAACGUACUGCCAGCAUAUUGACAUGUAUUUGUGGCUGCUAUAGAUUCCUCCUUUUUUAUUUUAUCGGAACAGCUUGGAACCUGUCAAGCUUUGCUGAGGUUGAUUUGCAGCUAAUUAAUUCAACAGACAUUUUUAAUCCUGCAAAUCUGUGACUUGUAAUACAGUAAUCAAGCUCCUGUGAGCAAACAUUAAUCAGUUAGGGGAAAAAAGGGAAACCUCUGUUAGCUGUGUACAGCAUGGUGCUCACCCUGGCAGGAGAGACCUACAAGAAGCGCAACAUGAGUAAAUUCAUCCUAGCUGGGCUCUCAUCAUUCACCUUAUGAAUCAUUCAUCCAUUUGAGCUGUUUUUAUGAGCAAGGAGUUGCAUUCAAAAGUAGAUUGGUGUGGUUGGCACAGCUCUGCUUAUUGCAAUAGGAAACUGGCCAACUUUCUGGUCACCUGUUUCCACAUCAACCAAGAAGCCAUUCUACUCAACAGGAGUUUAUUUUCCUUUAUGAGAUGAGCAUGCUGGCUGUAGAACAGUUUCUCCUGGAGAAAUGACCAAGUAACAAAACACUUAGCGCGUUUAGCAACCACACUAAGAACUGGAAGAAUGAAUGGAGAAUCUUUUUUAUUCACUGCUUUUAACAUACAGGUGCAUCUCAGGUAACCUGAGGUGAAGCAGAAUGGGAAAAUCUAGUGGUGCCCACACCAAACCUGAUCUCUGAACAAAGAAAGAGUUUUGGUCAGCAGGGCAUUUAUUUUAAGUCCUUUCACAAGGACGGAAGUCACAGGUUAAUACUCACUCAGUUUAUAAAAAUCAGCAGGAAAUAGUGGGUGGUGUAAUCUUCAACCUAACUCUGGUACUCAGAGGAGCAUAGUUACAGCAAGAAGGGGCUCAGCGAGACCUCGCGACUCAGCUGUGCCCACUCCUCACCCAGGUUUUGCAGCCUGCACUGAGCGCUCGGCUGUUGCAGCUGCACGGCCGAGCCCCGCCAGGUCGGGUCUGCCUGCACAGGGCACCCACAAACGUACACGUGAUGACUGACGCGUCCGUACUUUUUGUUCUGAAAACAUAUCCACUGGGAACCUUAGCCAGGAGGCCAAAGAUCAAAAACACGUGAAAGCUAACAAGUGAUUCCUUCGGUCAGGAUUGGGGGGCAUUUGUGAAACACUGUGGAAAAGCUGGCCCUGUUGUUUCAGUGACUAAAGGGAAGAGCAGAGUCUUUUAACAGCAAAAAAAACCCCAAACCUCAAUGCCAAAAUAUUAUUUAUGGUGCAAUUACUCUCUUCUCUAAUAAUGUUGGCUGAGAAAAUUCUAGAUGUGUUACAAGACUGCUGGAACAUGCAGGGAGAUGGUGAAAGAUGCUUCUUAAAUAGAACUUCAUUGUUAUUGACAGGAGCAGUUUAUUAGCAAUAAGAUACAGAUAUCUCAAACUAAGGCCUGGGUGACAAGGAUUUUGUAUGGCUGUUACGUCAGUGAUUGUUAACUUUAGAAAUCAUAGAUCUUUACAAUAGCUUAUAGGUCAACAAAUUAUUUUAUUUUCUUUACAGAGGAUAAAUCUCAGAUGGCAUCUACAAGAACAUAAUUUUUAAAAUAGGAUCUUAAGAUGGGCUUUUCUGUAUAGGGAAUAUUAUAGGCUUGGUGCUGUUAAGUGCUGGUGCAUUUUCUCAUGCUCUCAGUUUCUCACACAUUACCUUUGGCAAAUAGUGGAUUUGCAUGUGCAUGUUCCUUUAGUGCAAUAGCCCUCACAUCAACUUUGUGAGGCACAACUCAAGAGCACACGCAUGGUGUGUGUGUGUGCACUUGUAAAGGUACAGAGGAGAAAAAAAAAAAAAAGGAUGGAGGUCAGUAGACGAUGUGGCAAAAGUCUUAUUAUAAUUAGAGAACAGCUCUGAAUCUUGCUGGGUAUGUGAACCCUCAUGACAUUUCUUCAUGCUCAGGUAUUCUGUCACUCAGCUCAUCAUGGGAAUAACUGCUGACGGACUUUCAAAUGUAUUAUAAGCUAUCAAUUUGUGCUUCUUUAGAAGCACCUUGACUGCAACAGAAAUCCCUAUGGAGGCAUCCAUAGCGUCACACAUGAUCUGUAAUUGUAGCAUAUCAUCACAGUUCUGUUUUUUUCACAGAUUCACUCAAACAAGUUUUCAAAACUUACUAGAUAUUGCUCUGAUGCUUUUCUUGCUUCCGUUUUCCUCUUGUGCUUAUGUAUCUCACAUGCAAUCCCCGCUGAAGGGAAAAGGAGAAGGCAUCCAGGUUGUAUAACAGACAUUUUUUUUCUCAUGUAACGGUACGAAACUCAACAAUCACUUUAUGUAAUGCCUAGCUAUUGAGAGAAUCUCCAUACUAAGAGAAGAAAAAUCAGGUUAAUGAUGAAAUAUUGAAGUAAUGUGAUGGAUUGCAAAGCAGAAAUAUUUUUAAAGAUAGCCAUCAUAUUUUGCUGUUCAGGUGAUCUUAUUUCAUAAUUCCAAAAGCCUUGCUAUAUGUCCUUAACAACCUAUAAAUAAAAAUCUUUUGUUUUAGAGAUUCACAGAACAGGCAAUAACUUGAGAUCAUCUUAGAUUAGCAAGCCCUGACCCCCUAGGGCACUACGGUUCUUCUUUAGCCGGACUGCAGUUCCCUUCAAUUCCCAUUGAUUCCCAAGAGCUGAAAUUGUCCCCUGCCUAGUAUGUUACAUAUGGUGGGACAGAUAUUUUACUGUCUAUUCCUUGAGUUAUGUAUUAUUAAUAAGCUGCAGUUUAUCCUAACAAGUAAGCAUCACUGUAUUUUCGCACAGGUGCCAUUCCAUGUCUAAGGCUGUCUGAAAAGGGGAAGCUGACUCUGUUCUUUUGCCCAUGCUCGCUUACCUGUACCUUUAAUCAAAUACUAACUUUAAAAAUGUUAUUGUUCAUGCCACUGAGAUGUGAACAACCUGGUCUGUCUUUUGGAUUCUGCAUUUGACGCACAGCAGUAGCAAAUGGGAGAGUCGUCGUCUUGCUGUAGAGCAAGUGCAUUGGGAAUGGAAUCCACUGAGACACAGCAAACACGGCUCUUUCCCAUGCUGAUUUUGUUCUCAUUUGUCAGGGUACAGCUGUGCUUUAAAAGCUUGUGAAGCUCUCUGAAAUCUUUUUUUAUUUAAAAUAAAAAAAUCCUUAUUAUAUAGUGUUCUCAUGAAAUUUACUAUUUGUAAGGAGCAUGUCAGUUAAUUCCUAUUGGAACAGUCCUUCCUCUGUAGACUUUCCAAAUAGUUUCCUACAAGAACUAUUAAUAAGCCCAGCAGUAAUUUAAAAGAACAUAUUCUCCAGUCAUUACUGCAAAAUGUACACUCAGAUAAGGCAGAAGCUUAACUAACUUGUGUACGUUUGCCCCUUUCAUCUCCUGAGACACAGAGCUCAGAGUUUGUUUUGACUGCUGAGUUUGGUCUGCUUUGAGAGAAUGUGUGCAGAAGUGUUUCUAGACUAUUAUUAAAACGGGUGAGCCUUCCAAAGCAGUUUCAUGUGAGGCAAAUGAUCUUGUCAGACUCAGACUGGAUAACGGUUGUGCACACACAACUUUUUUGAAUAGUCUACAGCUAAGCAAAACAACAAAGCAAAAGAAACUCUCAUCACACUGAUGGAGAAAUUCUGUCUAGCGAAGGCUUUAGUAAGUCAUACUUAUACCAGCGCUCGGGACAGUACCAUUUGUUAUCCUGGGAUUCGCCUUGAUUAUUGACAGUUUAUAAUCAUAAAGGGCUUGCCUGAAUGUCCACUGCAGUAAAUGAAUGAUUUUCUGUUGAGUUUAAUGAACUCAGAUAAGCCUCAGGACGAAGCACUUGGGUAUUUUCCUUUUAAAUUUCACAGUGCCUCUGCAAAUGAAAUUUAUUUUUAAGGAAUCUCUUUAGUAACUGUUUUACAGCUCACUUGAGUUUUACUGUCAAGUGAAACAGUCAGUCAUUGUGCACCAGUGCUGAUUAGCCUGAGCGAAUGGAAAUGUCUGGGGAAGGAAUAUCAGACUGGAAGUAAUACUAAAGCAUUUCUAGGCCUUCCAAUUCUGUUAGUCACUGGAUGAGUCCAAGAUACCUGGCUGGGUUCCAGAAUAAAUUAAAAUAGCUCUUUAAAUUUUCAGACAGCUUAUUAAAAGUAGUAUUUUCUGUGAAAAAGUGCCCUGCAAACUAUACAUUUCUAUUUCAAGGGAAAGCCACAUCUCCUGCAUAAAGCCUAAGUCCCUGGGCUGUAGGGCAGCAGGAGACAAAGUGGGCAAGUUGGGGAAGUGAAAUUUCAUCUUAAGCUCAGGCAAGGGUGCCCCUGCUCUCCCCACCAGCGAACCUUCAGUCUGCAGCCCCAGCCCUCCACAACGAUCGCUUGUCAUCCUGUAGCCACUGAAGCCCAUGAAAAGGGACCUAAGAUUUCAAUCCUGACAAAUCGCAUCUCGGUCUUCAGAGCUGUGUCACAUGGGGCAGGGACAGAGGCACCAACGUGAGGGUAGGCUCAGGCAGGUACAACUCUUCUUUAGUCGUAGUGUCUCUCCAGUGGCUACCCCUGACACAGCUGAGCUGAUGAUGGGGAAAGGGCCUGCUUUUUCUUGCAGCAGAUGCUGCCUUUUGAGUACUGAGACUUGGAGAGUUUAUCAAGCUAUUAUAUUUAGUAUGCCUCUAUGAAAAGGAAAGGCAAAGAAUAAAAGUUAUGAAGCACUGAGGUAAGAGGAUGCCCACAUGUAUUAAAUACCCACAACGCCAGAACAGUAAAACAUUGAGCUGGAUGCCAAGCCUACAGAGGCUAGUGCUAAGAAUAAAAAUAAGUUUAUUAACUGGCGCAAUGCAGUCCUCAAAGAUGCAGUUCCCAGUUUUGUAAAUUGACAGGGAAAAACAAAGGAUCACCUCAUCAGUUUAAGAGGCGUGUCUUUUAGCAUCUUCGUGUUUUAUGAAGUAAGACCUGACAAAUAGUUUUCUCCCCUCCAGAAUUAGAAUAUCUCUUUCUGCUUGGGUUUUCAUAAAACUGUAAAGCCUUGGCAUCCAUGAGGAACUGGAUGAUUACUGAGGUUCUCACAGUACCACCCUCAAAAAAUCUAAGCAACUGAGUAGGAACUGCUGACAAAAUUUGGGGGGAAAGCUGCAAUACCACAGUGCCCUGAGAAAUCUCACACCCCAAUUUUCUAGUUUUCCACUCCAUUCUGUGGCAAGAGCAGGAAAAAUUAAAGGUGAAAAUGUGCAAGUGUAAUUGGCAAUUCCCAGUGGCUCUGUUCUGCCACUGUAGUGGGUAGGUUCGACGCACUGUGAACACUAGUGACUCUGCAUGUAGAGUUGCCAGAAGUGAAGUUGUUCAAAACCACAUGUCACUUUUGAAAAUCAUGAUCAAAAUACAGGGUGUUUAGAAAGGUAAAACUAAGCAGAUACAAAUGAGUUCCAGGAUUUCCUUGCUUGAUAGAAACCCUCUCCCCCAAAAUAACACAGAUACAUUUUUCUCUCUCAUAAGUUAUAUAUAAACCAUAUACCCAUUUCAGAAGUAUAAAGACUAUGCUUUCACAAGCCAAUUAAAAAAAUAUAUUUACAUUUGUGAUGUUCCCUGCUGUGAUUUUUUAGUCAGGUGCCUGAGGUCAGGUGCAGAAUUCACAGUAGCCCGUUAUGCACACCCAUGUUGUUAAAGGAUCAGCAGUAGGAUCUGAGAACAGGAUUCAGAAGAGCCAGCACGUUCAGUAAUGGCAUGUAUUAUAGGUAGUUACUGCUGAAGAGAGGAAUACUUCUCCAGUUUUGUCUGUCUCCUAGAAGUAGGCUUCGCCAUGAAAUUCGUAUCCUGAAGUCUCCUUUUGCACUUGCACACACAUGCUGUGCAUUCAGGUACAGAAAACUGCCUCACUCUUCUUUUGAAGCAGGACUCAGAAAGAAAAGCUGGGGCCAUCACUGUGCCAGGACUCUCCCGGCCAGAGCUUUGGGCCAAAGGUGUGGGCUCAAGUCCCUGCUCAUCCUGAAUGGAUUCAAGCCAACACUUUCUUGGAGAGUCUCCUGUCCACAGGACGGGGGACCCAGUCCAUCUCUCCAGUUGAGAAAAGCCUACCAUGAGGACUGAAACGCAAGUGCUGGAUGCAGAUGGGAAAGCCUGAGAGGAGCUAUGACUCUGUAGUCUAAGGUGGAGGCUGAUACUCUCUUUGGCUUUGUUUCCAACUGAAGGAGUAUUUAAAAUUUAUUUUAAGACCAUGAUUGGAUAGAUCACAAAAACGCUCCCAUGAUCAUGGGCUAGAGUCCACUCCUGCUCCCUGCCAGCCAUGGCUCUUGAGCAGGCACAGCCCACCCUUCCCAGCAGGGUGGCUCCAUCAGUGGGCAGCACAGUCGCUUUGGGUUUGCUUACGCAGAACCUGUAGGAAUUUUUUUGUGAGGGAUCCCAAACAUGUGGGUACAUCACACAUGUAUCCAAACACAUCACUACAUCCCAGGCCUGCAUGAUACAGGACAUGUAUCUGAUAGUCCCCCAGGAGACAUAGGCAUGGGACACCUGGUUUUGUGACUCCCAGGUGGCUUCUGUUGAAGAUGAGUGCCUAGAAGUUCACCUGAGCCAAGACGUGCCUCUGGGCACACACGGUGGCACAACUUCAAGCACUCGUGUUGCAUUUCUGCCUUUCAGGAGCUGGAAUCCCAGAAGUAGACCAGAUCUCAUGUGAUAAAAGGUAAAUGACUUCCUGACACUAUAAAAAGCCUGUAAAAAAGUGCACAUGCAAAUAGACUCAAAUACUUGAAAUUCAAAUUCCAAUAGUAUAUUCUGUGUCCAUUCUUUGUUACUAUUACUGAAAACAUUUUUUUUUUAACAAAUCACAAAGAUUCAUGCCUGGCAUUAAAUUGUUACAUGAUACAAAAUCAAUUCCAGAUGAGUGAAUUUUUGCUAUAUAUGUCCUGGGUUUAGUUUCUUGGUUAUUUUUCCUAAACACAUUUUACAUCUAACUACCUCAGCUGCCUUUUGUUUUAUUUUGGCACAUACAAAGUCAUGCACUUUCUAUAUCUGGGGCGGGGGGGGGAGGUUCUUUCCAUUUUGAAUAAUGAGGUUCAAAGCCAUGUUGAUCAAUUUAUAGAGGAGAUCAAUUUAAUGAGACAUAAUUAUUAACAGUUGCAGAACAUACAUUUUAUUUUUAGGUUCUGUUGGGGUAUGGUUUAACUAUCCAGAAAAAAAAAAAACACACCAUAAGCUGCUUAUUAAUUUGCCUUAAAAAAUGUGUGCUCUUUCCUAUUCAAGUUGUGUUAUUUAACUCUUAUCUUGUACACAAUUUAUGUGACAAAAGCUAAAGUAACAGUUGGCAGAUAAAUAGCAAAUUGAACAGAAUGGACCAAUAGUUUCUCAGUUCUCUGUUGUAAACUGUUGCAUUAUACACUGAUUGUGCUAAAAUAAUUGUUACUGUGCUUAUACUCCUUAGUCACCAUUGCAGAAAUAAAGUUUUGGAAGAUCACAUUUGUGUUUAUGGAGCAGUGUAGAUAUCCCCCCAGUACAAGCACAGUGACUUGAGGUGAAUGAUAAUCAUUGCAGAACUUGUGCUUUGACUUGUAAACAUUGUAAAAAUGUAUUUGGUAUUUUAUUUGAAAUGAAGAAUCAAAAUAGUUAUUAAAAAAUCUUCCUGUAAAUAUAUAUAUUCUGAUUCCAUGUAUACAAACAUUCCUUUAGAGUUCAGAUUGUGAAGAGUGUCUUUAUUGGCUAGAGACUACUGUCUCCCAUGGCAGUGGUUACAUGUGCUAUAGUAAAGAACACAGUGUGUGAAGUAUUUGAUGUACUGCAGUACCAUAGUUCUUUUGGUCUGUUAAGUAAGUUGCAAUUUGUGAUAAAAUGAAGUUGAAAGUAGUGCUUCAUACUAAAAAAUUUCCUUGGUUACAACUUGAUUUUUCUUGUAAAACUUAAAAGAAAAACUUGAAAAUUUUAUAUAUUUGGAUUUUGUAGAUUUUUUUUAUUUUAUUGCAACACAAGGUACCAAAAUCAUUAAAUAAAGUACACUGUGGUCAUUUUA